GGAAAAUGGCGGCACAACAUGGCGGACUAGCUUCAAGCGAACGAAGACGCAACGGUUAUUCGUUCUAGACGGAGUUCAGACUAAUUAAAGGUUUCACAUCGUUAGCGCCUCCAGACUGCAGCUCUGAAGCCCCUCGGGUGGAAAGACGAGACAGGUUGGAGUUUGGACUCAUUGGGAGUGCUGAAGGAUGUGAGGAUCAUGGUCAUAGCAUCAGACAGUUAAAGCCAUUUAAAGCCGCCAUCUUGGAGACAUGAGGAACUAAUUUUCACCAAGCAACGCCCCGCCGCUUGUCCCCACUGGCUCAAACCUGGCAGUGAUGCAGAUUGGUUUUCAGGUCACUGGUAGCACCUCUCUCCAGAUCCCUCCCCAGCCGAGCCUACACUCGAUCCAGCCCAUCCUGGUGCGGGCCAUCAUCGUUUCUAAGCAGGGGAUGGAGGGACCCCUCCAGCCGCAGACGCCACAGCCUCCCAAGACCUGCGGUUCACCUGGAUCUACUGGGAAAUGCUGGAGUGUGGAUAUGAGGGUGGUGGCACUGCUGGUGACUGUGGCUGGAGCUGUGAUCCUGCUGCUGCUGUACAGACUCCUACAGCUGAGACACAGGCUGAGGUUGGCCCGGGCGAGGCACGCCCUGGAGUACCACAGCUUCUACCGCACCGCCACCUACACCCUCAAACACCCUGCACCGUGUCAGGGCCUGCCAGCCAAGAACGGGACUGUCCCUGACGCCGCUAUGCCCAUCCAAACUGUAACCACGGUGACACCCAUUGCCAUCCCACCACUGCCGCCGCCACCGCCUAAUCCACCCUUGCUGCCUCUCCCCCUACCUCCCGUCCUGCCUCCACCCUCUCUCCCUCCGACACCUCCCGUCCUGGCCCUCCCUCUCCCACUGCCUGUGAUCCACACCACCCCACCCAGCCCUCACCUGUCGUGGGGAGCCUGCUCAGACGCAGACCUCUACUCUCGUGUCGGAGCUUUCAGGACCUCCAGGCUCUCAAGCCUCUCCACCCACUCGAAGGUUAUCUUGUUUGAACACUCGUCUCUCUGACCUCUGACACAACCAGAAACUGUGUUUGCAUUGCACUCUUUAUAAUAUGUUCAAGCAAGACAGAGACACGUAUUUCAAGUGAAAAUACUUUUUCAAAAAAUGAAGUUUGAGUCUUGCGAGCAGCUGAAUUGAUUUAUCUACUAUCCUUUAAAAUGUACCAGACUUUGUGCCAGACCCGAGUGAGAAAAUUGCAGUUUGUAACAAAACACCUCGACUAUAAUUAUGUUGUGUUCCACUGGAGAUUGGGGGUUGUCAGUUAAUUCAGACACUGCGUGACCGGACCACGACCAAAGUUUCUUUCCCACAAGAACUUCUGCAAACUCACAUCUAUUCUGAAACCUGUUAGAGUCAAUUUGAGUCUUGUUUUCUGAAUGUCUGUUGUCAAUAGCAACUCCAGUGACAAACUCAAAAUUAUAAGGCAGCAAGUUAGAGUUUCACUCGCUCCGACAGUAACAGCAACUUUUCUUUUCUUUUUUUUACAUUGUCAUUAUGCAAAACUCCAGAUAAUGUGUGGAGUGUCAGGUCCAUGUGAGACUCUCACCUGGUUUCGGUGAGGGGUGGCGCCUGCAGGUAGAGCGUACAGGAGGCCAGUGUUGCAGGAGGGAACGUCAUCAACACACACAGAUAAUUACGUGGAUUUUAUAGUUGUGGGCUGGCCGAGUAAAGUCCUGUUAGAAAGUCUCAGGUGUCAGCCUCCUUUGGGAGAAGUUACUUUUAUACAGUCUUUAGCAGUAUCAAGUCUCAUGUGCCACACCCUCUGAACAUCAUGGCUUUCUGUUUUGCUAACAGCGAUAUUCAAAUCAGGACAGCUGAUGUUAAAUGUGGCUCCUGUGGUUCAGCUGUUACAUGUAGAAAGAAAACAAAGAGUGACUGAGGGGAAUAUUUAUCUUCAUCGUGGUUUGCUUUGUUUAAUUUUGAUCAGAGGUAAGGGAAUCAUGUGAGACACCCACAUGAAAAGACAUAACAAACCUCCAUGUUGUGCUGUUCUUGUUAGAAAUCAGGAGGCUUUAAACCAAACACAGUGCAUGCUGGGAAAUAUCCCCAUAAAUAUGCUAACAAUAUUUUAUCAACUUAAUUUGAUUAAUUAGGUCAGUGAGCAGUGGAUAGGAAAAGUUUGGCUUUUUCGGAAAAUGGCUGCCAGGCAGUUGCCAGGCAACCAGCAUUGACUUCAGGAAGUUACAGUUUGCUGCCAAGAGAUAUUCUGGUAAACAACCCCACAUGAGUUGGCAAAUUCUUAAUUUAGACUUUGGUUUUUGGAUGGAUUCAACAAACUCGUGAGCUUCAGAGGUGCUGGAAGCCUUUUUCCCUCUUUAGACAGUGCUAGGCUAGCUGUUCCCACCUGUUUCCAGUCUUUGUGCUAAAGCUAAGCUAACUAACUGCAGGCUGUAGCCAACUUUGUUUUAAACCAGUAUUUUCUGAGCUAAUUCUUGAAUAAGUGUUACAACUAUGAUGAGCUUGGAAAUGUGAAUUUUCUGAAUUUAAUGUGAAUUUAAAACAUAUAUAAUUGCACUGAAUGAUAAAAUGAGUUGAUUAUUUAAAUGUAUUACGGGCUUUCACAGCACAGAGUAGUCUGGAGUGAAUAUCAGUCCUAACUGCUUGUAGUCCUUAUUUAUACCAAAGAAUUUAAGCUGGUAUUUUUACAGUGUAGUUAUUGUGGCUGAGCUCAUUGUUUCCUCAGAUUGGAGGCAUUUCCUGUGCUGGAUUUCCAUGGCAGGGUCCCUCCCUGUUUCACACCAUUCUCUGUGUUUCCUCUGCGUCUCUCUCUUUAUAUCAGUCUUAAAUUAUUACUCUGACGUUUUUGCUUUUAUUCAAACAAAAAUCUACAUCUUUAAUCGUUUGUUUGUCUCUUAACAAAUUCAAAAUAUCAUUAACAAAGACAUAAUUAGCGCAGCUGAAUAAUUAGUUAACAGCCAAACUGAGAUACAGAUCAUCGCUCUCUAAAGUUGCUCUGCCAACGUCUCUCAGUUGUUUACAUGCUAACCUCAGUGUCCACCUUGGCCCUAACAAGCUGUUAAGAUUACUUUUCUUUCAAUAUUUAACCACGUUUGCCCAACAGGUCUCUCAUUUAUAAUUCAGCAACACUUUGUAAAUUCAUGAGGGAAGCUGUUUUUAGUUGACGGCGGUUUGUUGCUUUCUGCUCGCCAGUGUGAAAGCUGAGACCUUGUGUGACAUGCCUCUUUAGUCUUUUCUGUAUCUAAGUCUGCUAGUGAGGCCGCUGUCUCCAUACUAAAAGCUUGUUAAUUCAAUCUGUGCGUGUACUGCAGCAUUGGCUCUUAAUUGGUCCUAAGCCGAGCAGGAAAGACAUUUGUAACUAUACACUGUGGUGGCAAUUAAAUAAAAUGAGCGAAUGUCAUGCAAGGAUGAAUAUGAA